ACGAGUUGCUUUUCAAAAAUUCAAGCGUGUGGUUCGUUCGGCAGUGGUGCUGGUUUUUUAUUGUUUUGUUGUGGCUUUACCUCCGUGUUCUCAGUGAAUCGUGGUUAGUGUGAUUGACAGUUAAUGCAGGUUUGAAAACCGCGCAUGAUUUAAGCGAAUUUUGUUCUAUUGGCAAAAAAAAAAACAAAAUUGAAAAUUUAAGUCCAUAAGCUUAACAAUGGCCGAGAAUAAAGGAAUGUUGCUCGCGAAGUCUGUCCAGAAGCAUGCUGGGAGAGCUAAGGAAAAGCUUCUUCAAAACCUCGGUAAAGUCGAUCGAACAGCUGAUGAAAUUUUCGACGAGCAUUUAACAAAUUUCAACCGACAACAUACCUGCGCUACACGACUGCAGAAAGAAUUCAGCAACUACAUUCGAUGCAUUCGAGCCGUCCAAAAUGCAUCGAAAAGCCUUAUGGAGGCCGUAGCCGAAGUGUACGAGAGCCAGUGGACAGGAUCAGAGCCCUUGUACGCGCAAACCAAAGCAAUUGACACUCAGUUUCAGCACUUUUCGUACAAGCUCGCGGACCAGGUUCUGAAGCAAUUGGAUACCUAUUCGUUGCAGUUUCCUGAAAUGAAGAAAAAAAUUGAUAAGCGCGGUCGCAAGCUAGUGGAUUACGACAGCCAGAGGCACUCGUUCCAGAGUCUGCAGGCCAACGCUGCGAAGCGGAAGGAUGAUAUCAAGGUCACAAAAGGGCGCGAACAGUUAGAGGAAGCGAAAAGCACGUACGAAAUUCUGAACUCUGAGUUGCACGACGAGCUGCCGGCACUGUUCGACUCCAGAAUACUGUUUUUGGUUACGAACCUGCAAACACUGUUUGCUUGCGAACAACAGUUCCACAGUGAAACAUCCAAGGUAUAUGCCGAGCUGGAAGCAAUCGUUGAUAAGCUGGCCACCGAAUCGCAGCGCGGUUCUUACACGUUGAAGAAGAUCAAUGCCAACUCAAAUCCGUCAAGUCCGGCGCAAUCCCCAGUGAAGACCAAUUUAUCGAUUGUGAAUAGCGACACGAAUGGUGUAGCUAUUACUAAUGGCCAUAAUUCUCAAGUUGCACAAACACCGGAACCUUCAGCAACGCUACGAUUGCCCGAGGAUGAUGGCGAGGUUUCCUAUCAAAAUACGGAAACGAUAAAAGCUGCCAUCGCGGCCAUCAGCAAUGAUGGUGCGGCUAGAGAAGUGUUUGAGACAAAGAGUACCGCGGAGAUUGAGCACGGAAUGGCAGCGUCUGCUGUAAAGGAAAACGGACAACCAGCGGUGCAAGAGAACCUUGUCAGCACACAGCAAACUUUCGUUACAAACGGUACAACGACUGCCGACUUGCCACCAGGUGUUUUGUAUCGCGUGAAAGCCACCUACAAAUAUGUUCGAGAGGACGUCGAUGAGCUAAGCUUCGAAGUGGGUGACACUAUCGAUGUGGUUGAGUACGAAGACCCCGAAGAUCAGGUGUAUUUUUGGUAUUUGCAGGAAGAAGGCUGGUUGAUGGGCACGAAAGCAGGCACAAACGAAAAGGGCAUGUUCCCUGCGAACUUUACCAGACCACUGUAAGGAACGAUGGAUUCCUGUGGCAUUUGUACGAGGUGGCCACGAAUGGCAUGAAAAUACCGACAUACUGACUUCCAAUUUACCACUUGCAGAGAGUGAACUAUCGGUGAACAUGGACGUUAAAGCAUUGCUUUUUUUAAAUGAAAGAGCCUCAUAUGAAAACGAAAAAUUCUAGUUGUUGGUGUAAUUGGAAAUGAGGAAAAAGUGUCAUUUAUUGCGUUUACAGUGCGUUCAUAUUUUGUUCACUGCAUACCAUUUUGUGUUAGUUUUACAAAACGAAAUGAAAAGGGGAAACUAAAAAACAAACCCCUAAUACCAGAGCCAUGGCUGGAAAAGUACGAUGGCGACACGCAUGAAAACAACUGUUGCUUCACAAUAUGGUAUCAUCGAACAAAACGUUAAAAAUGUGCGAUCUUAUAAAAAGCCCUUAGAUGGGUACAAAACACCAUCUCAUGUCGAUCAUUGAGGAUCUACUGCAUAACGAUGCAAACUAAUGAAUAUUGUGUGCCUUUUUAAUAGAAGAGCAAAUGUGUCCAAUCGCGAAAUGAAAAGAAAAACAUAACGAAUUACCCAUUUUUUUUUGUUUUGCUAAACUGUUAUUAUCGUGUUUAUUUAUGUUUUCUUAUCUGUUAUAUAUAUUAUCUUAUCAUGAUGAAUGUUGAGUUGCAUCUGUUAACAGAGUAAAACCUACUCGAAGCGGCAUACAAUAACUUCUCGAAAAACGUUUCACUCAACCAAUUACGAGCGCUACUUACUAGUUCUUGCAUACUUGAAAAUGUCUUAGUGCUUUUGUUUUUAUAUUUAUAACUGUGUAGAAGGCCAAAUACCAUAAUUCAAUACUAAAACUAUGGAAACUAAUAAAAAAUUAAAAAAAACGAUACCAACGGAAAGCU